CACUCAGAGAGCCCUCUACUGGGAUGUCAUGCAGGAGAACUAUGAGACUGUGACCUCGCUGGGCCAGAGAAUAACAUCCAUGUUUCGCUGCAGAUCAUCUCGUCCUCCCAGGGGCAAGGAAAUGGCUGCAAUGGAGCUGGCUCAGGGGCCGGUGACCUUCGAGGAGGUGGCUGUGUAUUUCUCCAGGGAAGAGGGGACUCUGCUGGACCCCACUCAGAGAGCCCUCUACAGAGAUGUCAUGCAGGGGAACUAUGAGACGAUGGUCUUGCUGGGUAAGGAUUCCUGUCCCUUCUGUUCUUGGAAGGGGAAAUGAAGAGUGAAGGUUCAUGCCACCCCCACAAUGCCAUCUGUACCCUGUCCUGUUUCAGCAUCACCCCAAUAGGCCAGUAA